GGCGAAUAGCGGGGAGUGUAUUACUAAACUCAAUGCUCACAAACUCUUUUCGGCUCACCGCACACGCUGCAGAAUCCAAAAAAAAGUAGAGUGUAACGUAACCUGAUCUCAUUGACCAAAUUCGGAAUUGUCAUAGAUGACGAUAAAUGAACGAUAAGAGUGCGUUCUAGUCACGAAAACUUUAAUCGUUCCAUUACUAUUCCACGAGUGUGUCACGUGGUAAAUCAAUAAUAAGUGUAAACUCAUUCCUGAUUCAUCAAUCAAUCAAGAACUUAAAAAAUGCAAGACCCCAACGAAGAUACCGAAUGGAAUGACAUCCUCAGGCGGAAAGGCAUUAUUCCAGAAAAACAAAAGGAAAAGGAAAUAAGCGAAGAUCAAAUUGUCGAUCUCCUGGAAAAUACGAUAGACAAGAAAACAGGACGAGCUGCAAAUAAUUUGGAAGAUGCAAGCCUCGACGAAUUGGAUGAACUGGAGGACGAAGAAGAUGAGAGAGUCCUGUUGGAAUAUCGUAGGAAAAGGAUAGCUGAAAUUCAAGCUUUAUCUAGCAAAGCCAAGUACGGCAGUGUCUCGGAGAUCUCGGCUCAGGAUUAUGUGCAGGAAGUCAAUCAAGCUGGAGAAGGUGUCUGGGUCAUACUUCAUUUGUACAAACCAGGUAUUCCCCUGUGCUCUUUGAUCAACCAAUACUUGGCGUCUCUGGCAAGGAAAUAUCCGGCAACAAAAUUCCUGAAAAGUGUCUCAAACACAUGCAUACCGAACUGGCCAGACAAAAACUUGCCAACGCUAUUCAUUUACCACGAAGGUGCAAUGAAAAAACAGAUCAUUGGACCGAUCGAAUUACGGGGCAUGAAACUCACUGAGGAAGAACUCGAGUGGAUGCUGGGCCAAGCAGAGGCGGUCCCAACCAAAAUAACGGAAGAUCCUCGACCCAAAGUCCGCGAUGUGUUGUUCUCAAACUUGAAGAACCAAACCGACGAUCUUGCAGAGGAUAACGACUGGUGACAGCAUGGUCUUGGGUGAAAAGGGCAUUUCAGUAUUUCCGCCUUAAUAAAUUAUAAUAAAAGAUCUCAGCUCUUGUGAACAAACGUUGUUCCGAUUAUGUUCAUUUUUUGGACAAUUUUUGGAGCUGUGACUUUAAAGUGAAGAUUGAUCCAAAUCGCGUUUUAUUACGGAUUAUUCUAACGAAGAAAAUCGUGUACAUUUAAUCAUUUACAAACUUUUAAAAAAAUCAGUGUUUAUAAAUGUUUUUUUUUUUUUUUUUUAACGGAAUAAAACUUUCCAAGAAUAUACGUCGCAAUUUCUACAUUCAAUUUGCAUACUCUCGUGGCUUUAAACUUUAUUUUAUCAGAAUUUCAGGAUCUCGUGAAUCAACUGAAGCCUACGGAAAAAAAUCGUAUCGCUCGAUUCAAUUUUGUACCAUUAGAAAUCUUUUUUUUAACAGCCCGCCAGGCGGCGGGCCCUCCAGUAAAGGAAUUGAGGUUUAGAAAAAUGAAGUGGAAACGAUCCUUUUCCCGAAUGUUUGGAAAGGUUAUGCAGGUUUUUUCUUAAUUUCACAUACGCAGUUUUUCAAUUCUUUUACAAUACGAUUGGUUUUGAAUAUUUUUCAUAUAAUUUACACGAUUCUCAAGCGAAACUGUGGGUUCUGCGUCAAUGCUUCGCCAUUAAUAAUUUCUUUGCAAAUUAACCGUAACAAGAUGGAGGCGAAUAAUGUUGUGAAAUUUCGGUAACGAAUUUUAAUUUUUCAGCAAAGUAUCAACAACUAAUUUCGUGAAUAUAGUCUGGAAAUAGCGGGGGCUCAUUAAAGAGUGAAGCGUUUCGAUUACUCCAGCGCAACUUCGUUUCCACUUGAUUCGAAAUAUUGAUUUCGGAAUGGCGAUAAACGGCAAGGAGUUCGUGUUGCGGAGCGUCAAAAUUUCUUACCAAGUAUCACGGUCAGUUAUGAAUACUCGAUUGAAUAUUUGUUCAACGUUGGCGUUUAUCGCCGUUGGCUUUUGUCUUGUUUCGACAGGCUUUCCAGGAGCCAUUAAAAAAACGAAGAUCUACGUCUUGCUGAGUUUCGGCAGUGAAACCGAGUACGCUGUAGGAGCUGAAGUUCGAUCUUCGUUGACUUUGACGACAUAAUUUUUCUCCUGCUCCCUCUCUCUCUCCAUCUUCGAUUCAAAAUACCACACGGGAAAAUGUUGCCGCAACUUUUCGUUACGUCACCCAAAAACGGGCUGAUCAUCGACUGGUUUUUGUGGCUUUCAGAACCCGAGGCCAUGGCCAGAUCCAAAAAGAGCUUUCAGGCUCGAAAUAAUGGAAAAAACUGUACGAUCUCGAGUGAAAGUCAGCACUUGAAAAACUCGCAUGCGUCUGACGAUUCUAUUCCCAAAACAACAUCUCGAUAAACUCGGACUCGAAGAUUUUCCCUUUUAUUUAAAAAAAUUCGAGUUUUUUCAUCCCGGUGGUUUCGCACGUCAGUAGAAUUUCAUUUUUUCUAUUAUUACGAUUUCGUGAAAUAAAAUGAAAGUAAAAUAAUAAUCCAUGGCACAUUGGACCGCGAGUGCUCUCGAAUCGUCGUAGAAAUAUCGUUUUUUCGUAACUUGUUGCGCAGAUGACCCAAGCACUAUCUCGUAAGGGCUUUGUCGGCCAUGUGUAAAUGCCCUUACAUAGCGUUCCGAGUGAAUACUGCUGACCACGUUUUAAACUCGGCAUUUUCGGGGGAAGACACACAUGGACCGUAAUUCACCGUUAUCGCGCCUCCGCAGUUGUUAUUCUGUUUGAGUUGGAGUGUUAAAAUUCAAGAACACGAGUAUUAAUCACGAUAUCCGGAUCAGCUUUCGUACUGCUGAGCAUUGAUCACCGCGUGCAUCGAUGUUCGACCCGCUGUUGUAGUACAACGUUGUAAAAACCUGAUAAAUCACAAACGUUCGAUACAUUAUUGCUCUUUUGUGAAAAAAAUUCAAAAACGAAACAGAACUCGUGUUUUUUUCGGCAUUUUGUUAUGCAGAGAGAACAAAAUUUAUUUAUCGAGCAAAGUCCGUUUUAUUGGAAGAGAAUAUAAUGGACUUUUUCAUUACAACAUUUUCGUCCAGCUAAUUGGAUUUUGUUUAUCGAAAAAAAUGAAUGGAAACCCUACGAAAAAUCGAGUGCAAUUGUGACUCGAAAAAAUUGGUUUCAGCAAUUCCAAUAAUAAUCGUAACGAGAAAAAUCUGAUAAAUUUCAUUGAAUUAUGAACGAAUAAAAUUUGAUCGAAGCGAGAA